UAAUUAGUUAUAUAUAUAUAUAUAUUUUGAUCAAUAUAAUUUCCUAACUUGGAUAAGUCGCAUCACAUCUGUGCAUGAACAUGAAUCCAAAUUUUAAUAAAAUUAAAACAUUCUUAUGUAAAAAUGAAAUGUUAACAAAUUAUACUACAAUCGUUGUGGCUAUUUGGUGGAAAAGCUUUCAUUACAAAAAAUCUGAGCAAUUCCUACAAACUUUCAGUUGACACAAAAAAAUUGCCAUUGAAUGGCCAGCACACUUUAACCGUAUAUUUGAUGGCACCUUUCUUGUUGUCCCAUCGUUUUUGACACAGAAAGGCCCCAAUAUGUAUUGGUGUCAAUUUUCUCCCCAAUUUUUUGAACUCCAUUGUGACAAGGAUUUACAAGUUCUCACCGAUACCUUUCAUGCUGACAAGCUGAUCACCAACAUUCACCCAGAAAACUGCAACAAUUUUUGUUUGAGUCCGAAAUGACGUCGUUUAGUAAUAAUAAUAUGACAAUCGCCAAAUUUUUCCAAUGUCCAGAUCCCCAUUUCACUUGCCCCUCCAAUGAAGUUGUCGAUGUCAAGUGCUUGGAUCUCGAUCGCUGUGAUGGCGCAUGGGAUGGGAAAUUUUGGGUGUGAAAGAUAAUGAGGAGUAUCGGAGGUCCUUGUAUGCUGAAAUCACUAACAAGGCUUUGCCGUUUUGAUGACGUUGGCACUCUUUUUCUACUGAAGGAACAUUUUAGGCAAAAAGGAACUGGUAUUUGGAUUUCCAGACUGUGUUUACUGGAUGCACAUUAUUCCAACACAUGUGUGUCUCUUGGUUCUAUAUCAUCAUUAAUCGAGUGGUGUUUGUCCAUUCCAAAUCAUUCUUACAUUGAGAUACUGAGCCAAGACAAUUUCCUCAUCGGUUUAGGGAGGCGUGCAAAUCAGAAAUAUAGAGGUGCUUCAACUAGUCAACAUAUUCCUUACAGUUGAGAAGUUGUAAGAUUUUUCUCCAUUAUUUUUCACGGGGGUUCUUGAGGUGAUGUCUCAAAUAAAUCAGCCAAUUUUGGAAUUGCAAAAGUAUCAUUCUUACAUAUUCUUUCUUGUACUUUUCACUAGUUGCUGCCCUUUUUAUGAAUAUUUACUUUGUUGGUUUAAAUCAGUUGUAGGACAUUGAUAUAGACGAGAUAGCUUUUCUUAUUUCGAGCACUGUGAUAUUUGGAUUAUAAAAGCAUGGAAAGUUUGUUAUAGCUUUUCCUACUCCAAGCAUUGUGAUACUUUGGAUUAUAAAAGCAUGGAAAGUUUGUUAUCUGUCUAACAAUAAGGGCCAUUAAGUGAGUUUUGUGCUUGACUUGAGAUAGAUAGUUCAGAUUGUAACUGGUCUUUAUCUGCAUGUUGCAUUACGGGUUAACAAGCCAUAUCUUCCAUUGGCAUCAGGGAAAUAUUCGGUUUGAGCUGGCAUCAGAUAGCAUCUUCCUUCUCUAUUAUGGUAUUAGAUGCAACUUUUAAUGCAAGUGUCUUAAAUUAUUUUUCACUUUUUUUAAAAAAAAAAAAAAAUUAUUUUUGGUGGUAUUUAACUGUUUAACUUCAUGUAUGUUGCAUGCAAGAAUAUAAUCUUGUCUGUUUGUUUUGCCUCUUAAUAUUAUCAGAAGGGGUUUCAUAAAUUGGGAUCGCUUGAAACUGAAGCUCGUUUGUUUAUUUGCAGGAUCUAGAACAAGCUUUUUGCGAAGUUUGGCUCUAUUUGAGGGCAAGCACCAUGUAGUUUUUUUUUUAUAUAUUUUUUCUCUCUUUGUUUAAGCUUAUUGUAUAUAGUGCACCAUUACACUACAUGUUGGAAUUUUAAUGUAAAUGAUAUUUGGUGAAUAAAACAUCAUUGAUUUUAUUUAAAUUCUA